GCGCACGUUCCUCGCAGUCUCUCGUCGUCUCGCCCUUAUUCGCGCCGAUUCAACUCUAUAUUCGCGGGAGUCGCAGCAAGUUGAUUCGCCACCAAAAGUCGUUCGCCCCGUCGUCCUUCAUCGCUGACCUUAACGCGAAACGUUUAUCGUAUGUCGGGCCGGCGAGCCCGCGAUCGCGUUACGAGCGGAAAAACGCCGGGGAUCGGGUAAUUCGCCGCAUCGGACAAUUUUUCGAUAACGGCGCGCGUCGCGUAUCGCUCUUAUCCCCUCCCUCCCUCCUUCCUCUCAUCCCCCCGCUCCAUCAUCCCCCCUUCCGUCCAUUGGCUUUGUGAUUUCUCCCACCUUGGCCGAUCAUUUCGAUUCCCGACCCUUCCCUUCUUCCCUCGUCCUUCCUCGCCUUCCUUCCGAUAGUUCCGAUUCAGUUUACCGAAGUUAGUUGUUUAAGGUAAUACGUUGUGUGCGCAUCGUACUAUCCAACGCUCCUUCUGCAUUUCAUAUCUUCGUAUAUUCGCAGACGUAAAUUACAUCUUUAAUUUUCUCUUUACUUCGUAAUCUCGCAUCUGAUUGAAAUUAAUUGUGUUGUGCGCGAAUCAUCAGACUCAUCGAGGACAACGGCAUCGCGUAUCUCGCGAUAGUAGCGCGCGCGGUAUACUUAGUUUGCAAACGAGUGAAGAGAGAAACACAGAAGAGAGAGAGAGAGAGAGAGAGAGAGGGAAAGAGAGAGACAAAGAGAAAAAGAGAGAGACAGAAGAUUGCAGUGCGACGAAACUUUGCAGAUAUAUAUAUAUAUAUAUAUAUAUAUAUAUAUAUAUAUACAUAUACAUAUAUAUAUAUAUAUAUAUAUAUAUAUACUCAUCGAUCUCAUUCGGCGCGAUCGUUUGUUGGCAAUAUAUUUGCAAUAUCUCUCGCCGGAUAGCCUUCUCUCGCGAAGAGUCCGGCGUGAAGUUUCCGACGGGCUCUUCUUAUUCGCCGCGGGAAAACGACAUCUAGCUCGCGCGGGACACUCGACUUAAACUUCACUAGAUUCGAAAUCUGUGCCCGCAUGCACAUAGCGACCGCGUUGCAUAUUUUAAAUAUCUAACAGCGUGUUUUAAGCGCUCGUUAUUUUGUGAAACACCGUGUUGUAAUAAAACAGCCAAAAUUCGGGUUAAGAGUGAUCCGAAGCCAUCCUACGUGAUGGAUUCAGCCGACGAGCAAGACGUGGAGAAUCCCGGAGGGAUGGCCAACGGUGGCAGCGGUGCUAACGGAGCCAACGGAGCCCACGGAGCCAACGGUGCCAACGGAGCCAACGGACAGCAUCCGACACCGGAAGGCUCUUUAUCAUAUCGUGAAGAGAUUGACGAAUCCGAUCUGGAUGACGAAGUACAGGACGACGAAGACUUACUUUCGCAACCGCUUCAAGGCAGUUCGCAAUCGCCGUUGGACAUUGCGGCGCAAGCUACUGGCGCAUCUUCAUUAGCGCAAUUAAACAGUUUUAUGAACAUGCAUCCGAAUCUUAUGAACAAGCUUAGAAUGCAGUACGGUGAUGCAGAGAUGCAGCAAAGGAACGGUUUGGAAGCUCUACACGCUGCGAUGACUGGCAACUUCAACGUACCCUUUAUCCCGUCCAUAUAUAUGUCGCCACCGCCGCCACCGCCACCGUCACUGCUGCAACAGCAGCCUCCGCAUCCGCAGAGUAAUCAUUCGCAACCGAUCGCGUCGAAUCUCGCAAAUGUUGUCGAGAAUCAAUUAAUGAUAGCCUCGGCCUCGACCUCCGCUUCCGUUAGACCUCCCGCUGCUCCUUCGCAAGCUAUGCGGGGCGAGUCCCCGCAACGAAACUGCAGGAAUAACAGCGAAUCCUCGCAAGGAAGCUCCAGAAAUAACGGAGAAUCUCGGGAGUGUGAAUCUCGCACGGCGCCGGCGAAUAAUCAGCAUCCGUCCGGAUCCAACUGGAACUUUGAAGAGCAAUUCAGACAGCUGUACGAACUCGACGAUAAUCCUGAGCGGAAGGAAUUUCUCGACAAUCUGUUUACUUUUAUGCAACAGAGAGGAACACCUAUCAAUCGGCUACCUAUCAUGGCAAAAUCUGUACUGGAUCUUUUCGAGCUUUACAAAUUAGUGGUCAUGCGAGGUGGCCUGGUCGAAGUGAUCAACAAGAAGCUGUGGCAGGAGAUCAUUAAAGGUCUUCGGUUGCCGGCGAGCAUCACUUCCGCGGCGUUUACUCUGCGCACACAGUAUAUGAAAUAUUUAUACCCGUACGAACAACAAAAGGAAAAUCUCUCGACUCAGGAGCAACUGCAGACGGCUAUCGAGACGAAUCGUCGCGAGAGCCGCAGAAGCAAUUACACCACUUAUGCUACUAACAACGAAAGUAUGGUAGCGCGGAGUCAACACAAUUCGAUGCCAUCGAAUUCGUUGCCAUUGCAGAUGCCACUUAGCAUGGCCCAAAUGGAGCUCCAUGGAUCGCAAUCGCCGUUCGUAAACGGACACCCGCAGCAUCAUUCUCAUAACUCGCAGCAUGUUCCUUCGAAUCUAGGAUCCAACAUUUCAGAAUACAUGAUGAAGAUGUUGAGAGAUAGAAGUAACUCGAUUACCAAUAACUCGAUAAUUCCACAACAGACUGGCAAUACGUCGAUAUCGCCACCGACGACGGAAGCAUUUAGCGCAAUUGAAUUGUCCAAACUGACUCUAUGGAAUUUAUAUAACCAAAAUAAUAAUAAAAUUUAUUCAGUUGGUCAACAAUCCUUCCCUCCGUCAACAUCCCACUCGCCAUUAGGGCCGGCAACUAGCCCGGAACCACAAAGAGAAGCCUUGGAUCUUGCAAACUCUGCACAUAGGUCAAAUCCGGUAUCCCCUCCAAGUGCUAGUAGAUCUGUUAGUUCUCCACCAUCUGGUAAUAUGAAAAGAGACCGAGAUGCUGCGGAACUCUCAUCUCCAACUCCCAAUAAAAGGAUAUUUUCUGAUGAGGAAAAUAUUCCCGAUAGGAACUGUAUGCGCAUUACACAGAUGGUCACUAUGCGAGAGAAUGGACGACGUGAACUAGCAAUUAGCGUGGAUAUCGAUGGUGUAUUAUACGAAGGUGUUUUACCGGCGAAAAAUGACGAUGCCAGUAGUAUAUCAUCAAAUUCAAACACCAUAAAGCGUUCACGAAAUAGCGAAUCGUAAACGAGAAGACGCUUAAUUAAAAUACUUAACUAGAUUUUGUCAUGGCUGAUUCAUGCGGAACAAAUCAGCCAUGAAAAUCUAUUGUAAUAUAAAAAAAACGUUCCAACGUUGGUGCACCGUUGAAAUCUCUUGGAAGCGAUAAUAUCCAAAAGAGAAAAUUUACCAACGAAAAACUAUUGUGGAAUUAUUCUUCAUUAUUUCAAUCAUGUUUACAAUCUGUUGGACAACAUAUAUAUAUGAAGUGUUUAUCACGACUUAUUCAGACGCUUCAUGUAUUCAAGCAAUGCAAUAAUCUCCUAUCUUCUACCUUUUUAUCGGUAGUUUUUUUUAAAUAUAACUUUGUAUUUAAUGUGAUUUUUUUCCAGAACGAAUGUCUCGAAUGCUCAAAAGAUGAUCGUUCCGCUCAGAAAUUAAUAGUAUUGUAUAAUUCCAUAAUAGUUUUACCGAUAAUUUUUAGAAAUAAGAAUAUUUGUAAAAAAAAGCGAGAAAAAAUAAACUGUGUAAUUAUUUGUACAUAAUUGAUAAACGAAAAAUUAAAUAAAAUGAAUUACACAGACGCCUACUUUUAUUUUUAUUUUUACUUUUAUUUUAUUAUUAUUACUGUGUCACGAUAUGCAAUAUAUAAUCAUGUAUCGAUCCACUAAUCUCUUACUGCUCAUUAUGCAUGGAUUAUGGCAGCAUUAGAAAUGUGAAAUAGCGAUUUUUUAUGAGUUAUCGAAAUAAAUUAAUUUUUUCGUGCAUUUGAUAUAUAUAGGUCUAUAAAAUAUAUCAAACACUUUUCAAUUUUUAGAUUCUAGAUACGUAAUUAGAAAUCACUUAUUAUAAAGUUUGCUUUUGCCAAAAAUAAAAAUGAGAUCUAUGAGAUUGAA